GGAGGUACGGAGGUAGACGGCAGGCUGUGACUGGCUGCGACGGGCGGGCACGGGCACGGACGGGAGUCUGUGUACUCUUUGGUGUGCUCGCGCAUAGAGCGUGCGGAUAGUUCAUGUCGUCAUGUCCUGGCUUGCCGUCAGCUUCGCCGUAAUAUCGUGGCAGCCGUGCAACGGGACGGUGCGAGCCGAUUGCCGAUUCGCGUGAUCCCUGCCUCCGUCGUAGUCUCGCGGUACACGGCCCGUGAAUACUCGCGAGAUCGUCGUCGAUGCCUUUGUUCGCGAUCAUCGGGUGGACGAGUGCGGACUGUCGCGGAUUGUCGUGACGAGGCGAGCGAAGAGGCGAAGCAGGAAGACGAGGACGAAAGAGGCGCCUCGUUUGCUUAGCCUAGGCCUUAGUUGAGCAGCCAGAGUGUGUAUUCGCACGAGAGGGAGAAGGUGCAAUACUCUUCCUCUCUCCUCCUUUAUCUCUCUCUGCCCGAGUCUCUCUCUCGCGCUCGCUCUCUCCUAUCUCGUUUCUGCCUCCGUCUCUCUCUCUCUCUCUCUCUCUCUUGGGUGAAACGGCACUCCACACCCCGGCGCGGUCCUGGACACGUCUAGGAAGAGGAGGAGACGCAGAAGGAGGCGCGGAGGAGCCGACGACGACGACGAGAUGCGCGAGUUCAAGGUGGUGGUCCUCGGCUCGGGCGGGGUGGGCAAGAGCGCGCUCACCGUGCAAUUCGUGUCCGGCUGCUUCAUGGAGAAGUACGAUCCGACGAUCGAGGACUUCUACCGCAAGGAGAUCGAGGUGGACAAUUCGCCGUGCGUGCUCGAGAUCCUCGACACCGCCGGCACCGAGCAGUUCGCGUCGAUGCGCGACCUCUACAUCAAGAACGGCCAGGGCUUCGUCGUCGUCUACAGCUUGACGAAUCACCAGACCUUCCAGGACAUCAAGGCGAUGAAGGAGCUGAUCACGCGCGUCAAGGGCACGGAACGCGUGCCGGUGCUGCUCGUGGCGAACAAGCUCGACCUCGAGCAUCAGCGGGAGGUCGGCACCGAGGAGGGCCAUCAGCUCGCGCAGCUCUGGGGCUGCCCGUUCGUCGAGGCCUCCGCCAAGAAUCGCACCAACGUCAACGAGAUGUUCGCCGAGAUCGUGCGCGAGAUGAACUUCAGCCCGGAGAAGGAGAAGAAGACCUACUGCUGUUGCACCAUCCUCUAAUACUUAAUCAAAACUUUGGCGCGCGCUGCUCCAGCACGGAGGAUCGUCGACUCGCGGACUGAACUGGAUGAAGGAAGACACGCGAUGUGUACAGUGCUCCGGGGAGAACUACGUCGAGCUUUCUCGCCGGUGUGUCUCCUCUUCGUCCCAGGGUGCCCUCCACGUCUCUUUCCAGACCCUGGAGCGUGCUAAAGAAAAAUACACAGUGUACAGUGUGGCUUCCGGGAAGAUAUCGUCAGCGUGUCUCGUUAGCCUUCUCUCAGAGAACCUUCUUCCCGUGGAGGUUCCCUUCCCUUUGGAUCUUGGAACGUGCUGUGCACCUGCCAAGGUUAACCCACGAAAUCGAAUCUACGUCGGACGCUCUAUGAAUUUUCCAACGGAGGGAAUCGCGGUUCUCCCUUUUCGAAUUCCCGGAAGACCGUCCUGCAAACGGCGGCCGUUAUAUACAGAUAUUUUAUUAUACGCGAAUAGUAUUAUCUAUGUAAUAUUAUAAUGUAUAUACAUAUAAAUAUAUAUAUAUAUUAUAUAGAUAGGCUUAAGGGAGAAAAAGGAGCGAGCGAAAGGUAGCUUUUCCUCGGCAAAAGGACCAAUACUCCGCUCGUGAGAAGGAAGAAGGUGUCGGAAAACAGCCCAGGUGUGCGAAACCAAAUUCGAUAUCGACCUUCUGCUCAACUUCAGACAGAAUCGUCACACGCAAGUUCGCGAACCGAGUUACCGCAGGCUAGGUGCUGCGCUGAAGAAGGAUUACUCGCAGACCUUGAGGGAAUCACUGUGAUGGUCGAUCCACUCUAUGGCAUGGUGAUAGAGAUUCGAUACUGAAAGAGAUUAAUCGAGUUUCAGUGACGAGGUUCAGUCCACUUUAUCACAUGCAUUUUGCACGUAACUGCAAAAGUACGUUACGUUACAAGUCCAUCUGCCUUGAGCAAGGGACAAAAGUGAUUCGGUUUCGAGAGUACUCUUCUCUGUGCAAUCAUUCUGUGUUAACUUAAGCUAAGGAGGCUUAACGAGCGAGAUAUCGUAUAAAUCGUUGUUUUUAUACGAGACGUUAGUGACAUUGCUAUCCAGGGUGUUUCAUCUAAUUUAAUAGUCCGAUUUAUCUCUAUUGUUUGUAAGAAUGUAGACAAGUAUUUCGCGAAUAGGACAUUCGAUUCAGUAAACGAUAAUUAUAAUUUUUCUCAGAUUAAAAAAAUAUUUGUUUCUUCAAAACAGAAGUUUUGUGUAAGAUAAUUCAAAAUAUCUUGGAUAAUCAAAAGAAUUAGAUGAGACAACCCUGUACCGACUGUACAGUCCUAACAUUGAGAUAUUUUAUUGUGCGCAAGGAAAAAGCACUGAGAAUGAGGUUUUAUACGCGACACCUUAACGAUUAACAGAUAAUUCAAUUGUGAGAUUUCUUGUGAUCUGUUAUAUAGCGAAUCUUCUAAUAUCUUAUUUCCAUUUUGCUUUAACGUUUCAAGAUGUUUGGCAUAGCAUAAUACUGUAUCGGCAAACCGUAAUGCGGGAGAGAUGAACCAACUAAUGUCGCAGUGUGAUUAUAAAGAAGAAUCUUAAAAAAACUAAAGGCCAAAGCUGAAGGCGGCUGGCUUCAGUUUAUUAAAAAUCUAACGUCACCGGCUAUUAUUAUCACGCAAUUAUGUGGGAAUAUUAAGAGAGAAACAUUUCGUAAAACUAGUUAACAUAAUAACGUCAAUCUAAACUUGUAAUUUGUAAGCUUUGUACGGUAAAAAAAAACAUUUGUACUACGUAGGCCGCAAGACUGCACACGCGAUUACUAUGGGAUUGAUGACCUUUUAACAUGAGUGAUUUUACACACCAAUGAGAAGAGGGAGAGCACAAUAGUUUAUCUAUAGAAUUAAAAAUCUCUUGGAAAGGUUCGUAAUUUUGCAUUAAUAUUUUCACUAUUCAUAUCAAAUCAUUUGUACACUAUUGUUUAUCACUGAUAAUAACGACACCAAUACAAAAAGUGUCUUAAUUGCAAAACUAUAUAUUUUAUUCUUACAAAAUUUCCUUGUCCAGAAUCGUUAAAAUCGAUGAAUACAAGAAGAAGACUGCAAUGGUUCUCGCAUGUAACUUGUAAGAUUGAUCGAAUGUUAUUAUUUAAAAAAAACUUACGUUGCAACACGAAGGCACAAAACAUGGAUCUAUUUUACAAGUUAACUGUGCUAACAACGGAUAACUCGUAUAAUUUUUCUUGUACGAUCAAAAUCGCAUUAUCCGAUGUUAAAUAUCGCUUAUCGGUGAGCUGAUGAGCGUAACAUAGUCAUGACACGCUAUUCAGUUUGUACACUCCAUUUAAUCCUUGAAUGCACAAAGAACAUUUCUAUUGUACUGUACUGUUUUUUAUGAUAUUCCCUUUGAGAUUGUGUCUUCCUUUUCUGGAAUUUUUCAAGUAAUUUCUCUACAAUAUCUAUUUGAAUUUGUCUCUCAAUAUUGCUACUUAGAUUUCUACAAAUUUUUGUUAUCAGGCAUCCAAGGAUUGAAUGCAAAGCUCACUCAAACCUCUAGUAUGCUUUUACCGAUUUUAUAAAAUAUUGUCUCGCUUCUGUGUGUGACAAGAGAGAUGUAUUUAUAAUUUGUAUAGUCUGUAUACACACUAACUCGGUAAGGUAUUAACGCAUGUAUUGUUUGAGUCGUAUACGUGCGAUACUGUUUCUCAACUCUCAAAGGAAAUCGCGGGAAGUAAGAGUUAAAAGAAGUGAAAAAGGACGAACUGAUGUAUAGUAUUUCUACGAUAGUAAUUAGAUUGAUCUUAAAUACUGGGAAGAGGUAUCGUUCGCAUACUUGAAACGGUGUGCGUCCGUGUGUGUGUGGGUGUCUGUGUGUGCGUGUAAUUUGGAAUAUCACUGUCGGUGCACUUUCUCCGAAUGGUGCUCUGUACUAUUUUUCGGCUCUCGUGUCAGAAAGAAAGAAAAACAAAAAAAUCGACGUGACGCCGCGACGGAAACUGCGGUCGCGAGUAAUCUCGCGGUUUGCGGGCGAACAACGGGCGAACGAGAGAAUAGGCGGAACAUUUCGUACACUGCUAUUUCGUCACGUUCUCGCGGAAAAUUCUUAGUCUCGCUGUGAUCCCGUAGUCGUAACUCCGCAUCUUUUCCAUGUCGUGUUACAAUAAACGCGGAGCCAUUCCCCAGCUUCGAUCGAAGGGCCUCUUUAUAAAGCGUUUUUAAUUGUCAUCACCCGACUCCUGUCGACACUGCUUGCGUUUCUCGCUCUAUUUUACACACACGUGUUACGUCACACACGUUUACACACACACAUACACACACGUGUGUGAAAUCCGGAUCACAAAGGACGCGCAAGGCCGUCGUCCGCCUAGAUAGCUCACUAGGUAUUUGAUAUACUCGAAAAAUCUAUUUAUAUAUUUGUACAAGGAGAGAGAGAACCGUGCCACGUGCGUAUCUCUCGCGCGUCCAAUUCUCGGAUACUGCACGCGCUAUUUUUCUAAGCGGCGUCCGGAGAUUUUUAUCACACGGUUGAUCUUCGAUAAGGAGCAUUCUAACGAUAAUGAAAUAUUAAUUUUUAUUUGGUGAGCUAUUGCCGGCGGAGGAGAGCGUCGAGAAAAGAAAAUUGCGCCGUGUCUGGGGUUGGCCAGCAUAUCAUGUAUCUAAGGACCAGAAUUAUUUCUCUCUCUUUGGCCCCCUUCACUUUUACUUGUACAAUCGGCGAAUUAGUUAUCCCUCUCCGUGUCUCGAAUAAAAAAAAAAAGGAAAGGAUGUAUCGUGUGUGCAUAUUGUAACGAUUUGCAUGCAUUGGAGGUAUGUGCGCAUUUGUUAUGUAACCGGGUCGCGUAUAUUGAUUAAUAAUUGGAGAAAAGAAAAACGGAAAAAAAGAGCAAGAAAAACACCACGAUUUAGAUAUGUGUAUAUCGGCCUUUCAGUACUACUCUACCUGCGUAUCUGAUAUAUUGAGUACGAAAUACGUUAUAUAUUUUUUACAAUGUGAAGAAUCUGUAAAUAUAUAGCGAGUCGAAGUAUAUAUAUAAUAAAAGGUAAUUAUCUUGAAACUCUGACGAGAUGGAAUAUUUCAAAGUGAAUAUCUUACGACGAAAGAAAAAAAAUGUGCAUUGCGUAAUAGACCAAAUGCAGUUUCUUUCUUUCAUGCGCACGGUUGUGCAAGAUAUUUUACAAUAGUAUAAUUAUAUGUGGAACGACGUCAUAUGGGCAGACGAAACUAGAAUGCUGGAAUUGACGAAGUUGAAGUCCUUUUACACUGAGAAGUUCGAUUUAUUAUUCUUUUCUUUUUCUCAAAUGAGCCGCCGAUAAUUGUUCGAAAAUGUUUUCGAGUCGUCUAGUAUUAUCUUCUCGCGACGUUUUCGCGUAAAGUAGUCGUUAUCUUAAAAUAGUUUUAAUGAAACAUUAUUUCAGGAUAUUUUAUUUGAGGAACAUUAAAUAUACAUUUACACACAAUUCUUUUGUUCGGAUGACUAAGUAAUCGAGCAAUUUAUCGUACUUUUAUCGUGAAGUACCAGCAUGAGAAUCUAGUCAUGAUGAUAUAAGUCGUGGUAUUCGCAAGUCACAGUUGCAUUUGCCGUUGCAUUCUUGAGAUAUUUCUUCCGCGAGGAACGAUUACCAUAAAAUUUUUACAUUUUUUUUUAUUUCAUUGUAACGAAUAAUUUUUUUUUUAUUAUUCAAAGGUAUUUUCCUCGCUGUUUGUAAGUAUCGAAGAUGUUGACCCCAAAGCUCUGCCCAUCUGAUACAUGCAAUAUCUAAAAAAAGGAUAAUUAGGUUUUAAUUUUAAGAGAUCUUUUAGACCGUUUAGACUGGUGCACAUUUUUUCUUUAUUCGCACAAUUCUCUUUUGUUUUUUUUCCUACUUACUAACCAUUGUAACAAUGGCAUUUGGCACUAUCGCACAAAUAUAGCAUUAGAAUUUUGAGACCGAUUGGACAUAAACUUGUGACGAGAAAAUCUAGGUGUAUAUUUUUUAGGACUAACGAUUUCGCUAUUUUAAGCCAUUAUUGCUUGAAAUAACGAUCUUAACGAAAUCGUGUUGAAUUUUAAAUUGUUUAUAGAGAAAUCGGUUUAUGUUACUAAGUUUUAAGUGCAGGUCGUAUGCAGCAUAAUAAUAUUAUCGUUGUAAAGAUGUCGAACUUGUUAGGUGAUUAAUCAUAAUUCAGUUUGUACGAUGAUGUCGAUGAUAAAAAAAACUUAAUGUUUGUGAUUAAGGAGAAAGACUAAGGUAAUGAUCGUAUAUACGUUUCAAAUAAAAUCCUUUUAUAUUUCA